AAGACCGAGAUCGAGAUUUGCAAGAUUCGUGUUGUUCAAGAAAAUUGAUUAUCUACAAUGGAUUUGUACAGUGGCUGUGUUCUUAUUCUUUGUAGUUCUUUUUCAAAUGUUUUUGCCUGGUUCAGUGAUGGAAAAAUCUGGGAAUUCCCUGAAGGAAAGUCAGAUAAUUUCUGGGGAUUUGACCCUUCUGAGAGAGAUUGGUGGGUUGGAUUAUGGGGAUAAUAUAAAGUUUGAGCCCUCUAAGCUUUUGGCUAAAUUUCAAAAAGAGGUCAAUGGGUCAUCUGCUUCAAGGAGAGGAGUGAGAUUUGGGUAUAGAAAACCCAAGCUUGCUUUGGUUUUUCCAGAUAUGUUGGUUGAUCCACAGCAGAUACUAAUGGUUACGGUUGCAGCUGCUUUGCAAGGCAUCGGAUAUGAAAUUGAGGUCUACUCACUUGAAGAUGGUCCUGUGCGCACUGUUUGGAAAAAUCUCAAACUUACAGUCAAUAUCAUUGAAACGAUUGAGAAUAGGACGAUGACUGUAGACUGGCUAAACUAUGAUGGCGUAAUUGUGAACUCUUUUGAAGCCAUGGGAGUCUUAUCUUGUCUCAUGCAGGAACCAUUCAAAUCUGUACCUCUUAUAUGGACUAUCCAUGAGAAAACACUAGCCAUCCGUUUGCGUCAACACCUAUCAGGUGGCCAAACUGAGAUUGUAGAAGUUUGGAAAAAAGUUUUCAAUCGUGCUACUGUUGUUGUCUUCCCCAACUAUGUCCUGCCGGUGUUCUAUUCGGCAGCUGAUGUUGGCAACUAUUUUGUUAUACCGGGUUCUCCUGCUGAAGCAUGGGAAGCAGACAAUUUUUUGGCUUUACAUAAAGAUAAUCUGCGUGUCAGGGUGGACUAUGGGCCAGAUGACUUAGUUAUUGCAAUCAUGGGAAGUCAAAUCUCUUAUAGAGGUUUAUGGCUGGAGCAGGCCCUUAUUUUACAGGAACUACGCCCAUAUUUUGUAGGUUCGGCAUUUGAUAGCAAUUCCACUUCUAAUCUCAAAAUCAUUAUUUUAAGUGGUUAUUCAGCUAGCAACUACAGUGUGGCUGUGGAGGCCAUUGUUCUAAACUUGGGAUACCCAAAGGGAAUUGUGAAGCAUGUUGCUCUUGAUGAAGGUGUAGACAGUGUUCUAAGCAUGGCUGAUCUUGUGAUAUAUGGAUCUUUUCGUGAAGAGCAAUCUUUUCCGGACAUUUUGAUAAGAGCUAUGUGCUUUGGAAAACCAAUAAUAGCCCCGGAUCUCUUGAUGAUAAAAAAAUAUGUUGAUGAUAGGGUGAAUGGCUAUCUAUUUCCAAAGGAGAAUAUUAAGUUUCUGAAACAGAUAAUGUUGCAAGUAGUCUCAAAAGGAAAACUAUCACCUCUAGCUCGCAAUAUUGCUUCAAUUGGAAAACAAACUGCUAAAAAUCUCAUGGUUUUAGAAACAGUUGAAGGGUAUGCUUUGCUCUUGGAACACAUUCUGAAGCUCCCAUCUGAAGUUGCACCUUCCCAGUCUGUCAAAGAAAUCCCUUCCAAGUUGAAAGCAGAAUGGCAGUGGCAUCUUUUCAAAGAAAUGGCAGAUUUUACUUAUCUAAAUAGAACUUCAAGAAGCUACGGAUUUUUAGACAACGUUGAAAGUCAAUGGAACCAUACUCAAAGGGAGAGUUCUGGUGCUGUGACUGCACCUAAUGAAACAUUUUUAUACAGUAUCUGGGAUGAAGAAAAAUCUGUUCAGAUGAAUAACACAAGGAAGAGAAGAGAAGAAGAAGAGUUAAAGGAUAGAACUGAACAACCUCGGGGAACAUGGGAGGACGUGUAUAAAAGUGCCAAAAGGGCUGAUCGUUCUAAGAAUGAUUUGCAUGAAAGGGAUGAUGGGGAGCUUGAAAGGACGGGUCAACCAUUAUGCAUCUAUGAACCUUACUUUGGUGAAGGAACCUGGCCCUUUUUACAACGUAGAUCACUCUAUCGUGGACUCGGACUGUCCGCCAAAGGUCGAAGACCUGGGGCAGAUGAUGUUGAUGCUCCUUCUCGUCUUCCACUCCUGAGCAAUACUUAUUAUCGAGAUGUCCUCGGUGACUAUGGUGCCUUUUUGGCAAUUGCUAAUCGGAUUGACCGCAUUCACAAAAAUGCUUGGAUAGGGUUCCAAUCUUGGAGAGCAAUGGCUAGGAAGGAAAAUUUGUCUAAGACUGCUGAAAAUGCACUGUUGGAUGAUAUCCAAGCACGAAGACAUGGUGACGCUCUCUACUUUUGGGUUCGUAUGGACAUGGAUUCAAGAAACCCAUUGAAACAGGAUUUCUGGUCAUUCUGUGAUGCUAUAAAUGCAGGAAGUUGCAAGUUUGCUUUCUCCGUGGCUUUUAAGAAGAUGUAUGGCAUAAAACAUAACUUGAGCUCCCUACCUCCCAUGCCUGUAGACGGGGACACAUGGUCCAUCAUGCAUAGCUGGGUUUUGCCAACCAGGUCCUUCCUAGAGUUUGUAAUGUUUUCAAGAAUGUUUGUGGAUGCACUUGAUGCACAAUUCUAUGAUGAGCACCAUCAAAGUGGGCAGUGUUACCUGAGUCUAUCCAAGGACAAGCAUUGCUACUCUCGGGUGCUUGAGCUACUCGUAAAUGUCUGGGCAUACCAUAGUGCAAGACGAAUGGUUUAUGUGAAUCCAAACACAGGCGUGAUGCAAGAACACCACAAAUUGAAGAGCCGGAGAGGUCAAAUGUGGGUCAAAUGGUUCGAGGCCAACACCCUUAAGAGCAUGGAUGAGGACCUAGCUGAAGAAUCAGAUUCAGACCACCCUAAGAAAAGGUGGCUGUGGCCAUCAACAGGUGAGGUCUUCUGGCAAGGUCUUUACGAGAAAGAGAGGAAUCUAAGAAAUCGAGAGAAGGAGAAGAGGAGGCAGCAGAGUAAGGAUAAGAUCUCUAGGAUUAGGAAACGGACUCGUCAGAAAGUAAUAGGAAAGUAUGUGAAGCCCCCGCCAGACGAGAUCGAAAACACAAACACAACUGUGGCAGUCAGAUAGCAUUUAUUCAAUUCGAGUGGUGCUCAUUCUUGCUAGUAGUAAGUCUAACCUAAUUGUUUUUCACCCCUCUUCAUUCUUCCAUUUUUUCAUUUGUCCAAAAGUAUGCCUAGGUUCAUAUUUUGUAGGUAAGAGUCUUGUAUGUAAUUGCAUCCUUCUGAAUUGAUGCCGGAAAUGCUUAAUUGUAUACUAGCAUCUUUUAUUUUUUUCGAGUCGGGGCGGGGUAGGCGUAUAUCCCGGGUGGGUGUUUGCAACUUCUUUCAGCUGCUAUAACUCGGAGGAAAAUGGUAUAGAACUUUGCAGUUUGAUGAGCAACAUUGUUUGAGAUCUGUAUGAAUGAAUGAUUUGUGACUUCAGACGCAAGUUGUUGUCUACUUGUUU